ACCAUUUAGAACAUGACAUUUUGAGGUGCUCAGGGUCUGGCAUGCCCCAACCGGGGCCGAAUAACGAACUGUUAAAGCCGCCGUCCCCGCAGCGCCCAGGGCAGCGGCUCGAAUGCCUCGCCGGGACUGCAAGGGCCGCUAGGAGCGAGGCCGGCGUGGGCCGCUCUGGCCGACAGCUAGUCUCGGUAGCCCCUUCCCCCGCCCGCGGCCGCGGGUGGGAGAGCGAGGACGCCGCCAGCGCGCGUGCGCGCUCCUUCGGUGCAGCUAGUCUGCGUGCGUGAGUGGGAGGUGGCAGGUCUCUGACUCUGGCCUUCCCGGCUGACUCUUCCAGCGCGACGUCUCCAGCCAUGAACCGGUUUGGUACCCGGUUGGUGGGAGCCACCGCGACCUCGUCGCCGCCGCCGAAAGCCCGCAGUAACGAAAACCUCGACAAAAUCGAUAUGUCUUUGGAUGAUAUUAUCAAGUUGAAUCGAAAGGAAGGAAAGAAUCAGAAUUUUCUAAGACUAAAUAGAGAACUCCAGCAAACUAGUAUCCAGCAAUUCAAGAUGAGAGUAUGGUGGAGGAUCCGACAGAAUUCUGAAAUAACAUCCCAGCUAAUUUUACCAGAAGUGGAAAUAUAUUAAGCCAUCAAAAAGACACUCAUCAGGCAACUUUUCUUUUCAGAAGAAGGUUCAGGACCAGUUGAACACAGAACAACUGCUAGACGAUGCAGUAGCAAAGAGAACUUGUCAGUAAGUUUCAGUUUGUUUUUCAAGAUGUCAUUUUAAAAUUCACAGAACACCAGCUACUCCAUUUACCAUGUGCCCCUGUCUGAAAGAAAUUAAAUGAGACCCAAAAUGAAAUUAAGUCCAAAAUAAAUUGUAUUUUAUUUUCGUUUUUUCCCUCAAACACUUUUGAGUUUUGAGUUUUCAUAUGUCAUUGUUGUAAUAGUUUUACCACCAGGUAAAUUAGCAUAUUUAUUUUUCAUUGCCUAUUAUUUUACUUUAAUAAAACAGUUUUUUUCUUC